CAGAAAAAAAUGUCAACUAUGUAACUCUUUGCUUCGUUCCAUUUUCCACUAGUUUAUGUUUCUUCAAUCUUGAUUCCCUCAAACAAUGAGUUUUUUUAUUCCGUUAUUGUCGAAAUCCAUGUCAUCCACUUUCUCUCUCUACUCUCUCUCUACAUUUGUUUAUAGAGAGUAGAGAGAGAGAGAGAGUUAUGCCCUUCACCACUUCCCCCAAAUGGCCGCCGACGACGACGAUAACCCCAAACCCGAAUCCAAUUGCAUCACCCAAUCGGAGCUCCGCUCCGAAUUCUCCCACCACGACCCGACAAUCGCCCGGAUCAACAACGGCAGCUUCGGCUGCUGCCCCGCCACCAUCAUCGCCGCCCAGCAGCGCCACCACCUCCUCCUCCUCCGCCAGCCCGACUACUACCACGCCAAGCUCCUCAAACCCUCAAUCCUCCACUCCCGCCGCCUCAUCCAAACCCUAAUCAACGCCGACCACGUCGACGAGAUCUCCAUCGUCGACAACGCCACCACCGCCGCCGUCGUCCUCCAGCACACCACCAGCUCCUUCUCCCUCUCCUCCAACUUCCGCCCCGGCGACGCCGCCCUCAUCCUCCACUACGCCUACGGCGCCGUCAAAAAAUCCGUCCAGGCCUACAUCACCCGCGCCGGCGGCCACGUCAUCGAGGUCCACCUCCCCUUCCCGGUCAAAUCCGCCUCCGAGAUCGUCCUCGAAUUCCGCAAAGCCCUCCGUACCGGCAAAUCGAACGGCCGGAAAAUCCGGCUCGCCGUAAUCGACCACAUCACCUCAAUGCCCUGCGUAAUAAUCCCCGUCAAGGAACUCGUCCAAAUCUGCCGGAACGAAGGCGUAGACACGAUAUUCAUCGACGGGGUCCACGCAAUCGGAAACCUCCCGAUCGAUGUGAAAUCCAUCGGCGCGGACUUCUACACGAGCAACCUCCACAAGUGGCUGUUCUGCCCACCGUCCGCCGCUUUCUUGUACUCCAAGCAAACAUCCGACGAACUAAUGGACACAGCCACCGCCUGGAUGGGCACACGAGACUACAGCGCGCAGCUCGUCCUGCCCGAUGUGAUCGAAUUCGUAAACAGAUUCGACGGGGGCAUUUCGGGAAUAAUGAAACGAAACCACGAUAAGGCUGCUUAA